AUGAAGUGGUCAACAAUAAACAGCAUUCUUGCUGCAUCAGCAGUCGUCUCCGCCUUUCCAGCGAUCGAAAAAAAAGCCGUCUUCGCAAACCCCUCGGCAAACGGAACUAAGUUCACUAUCGACGGCGUAACCAAAUACUUCGCAGGAUCAAACUCAUACUGGAUCGGCUUCCUUACCAACAAUGCCGACAUCGAUCUCACCAUGAGCCACGUCGCCUCCGCCGGGCUGAAGAUUUUCCGGGUUUGGGGCUUCAACGAUGUCAAUGGCGGCGGGAACGGCGUCUACUACCAAUCCCAUUCCUCGUCUGGUGCAACGAUCAAUACUGGUGCGAAUGGUCUUCAGCGUAUGGACGUCGUGGUUGCGGCGGCUGAGAAGUACAAGGUCAAACUCAUCAUCAACUUUGUCAAUUUCUGGGAUGAUUACGGUGGUAUGAACGCUUAUGUGAAAGCCUAUGGAGGCACUAAGACCGGUUGGUACACGAACGCCAAAGCUCAAAGCGUGUAUCAGGCGUAUAUCAAAGCUGUUGUCAAUCGCUACAAGAACUCCAGUGCGAUUUUUGCUUGGGAACUCGCCAACGAACCGAGAUGUCCGGGGUGCAGCACAGAUGUCAUCUAUAACUGGGCGGAUGCAUCGUCAAAGUAUGUGAAGAGUUUGGACCCGAACCAUAUGGUGACGCUUGGUGAUGAGGGGAUGGGUGUUCCUGGCAGCUCGGCGUAUCCGUAUGGGACUAGCGAGGGGACUGAUUUUGUUAAGAAUUUGAAGAUUAAGACGCUCGAUUUUGGGACUUAUCAUUGGUAUCCGGGAUCUUGGGGCAUGGCUAACACAGAUACCGCGGCCUGGAUCAAAGCCCACGCCGACGCCUGUCUUGCGGCUGGCAAACCUUGUCUUUUUGAAGAAUAUGGUGUAUCGAGUAACCACUGCGCUACCGAAAAGCCAUGGCAAGCAGCAGCACGAAGCACUCCAGGAAACUCUGCAGACCUCUUCUGGCAAUGGGGUGACCAACUUAGUACGGGUCAGACUCACAAUGAUGGGAACACGAUUUAUGUUGGGAGUAGCGACUUCCAGUGUUUGGUUACUGAUCAUGUUAAGGCUAUUGGGUAA